GUAAUCAGAAGUAGUGUGUUGAAUAAACUUGACCAAAACCAGGAGGAAGUUGUAUUUAUUUGAAAACAAGUUUAUUACAUUUGCUGCGUUAUUUAGGAUUCAUAAUUCAGUCUAAACCAUAGCAGUCCUUUACUUCUGUAUUAAAAGGGAAUGAAGGCCUUCUUACUUGGUUUCUUUUGCGUCAUCAUAAGGACAGUACACAAUGCUCUUGUCCUUCAGAGUGAACCGAAGAGAUUGUCGCCCGGUAGAACAAGAACUCUAGCCCUUAAAUGUUUUCUCUCUCCAAACAAACGUCCAAGCUUCAAAAUCCUGCAUUCUUUAGUUUUGUCUCGUGAGGACCCUGGCAGUCCAAAUGCGUCUCAAGAACUAUCGUCACUAAAGCACGACGCAUUCAAUCAGAGUAUCGAAAGCAGCCAAGCUCCAAAGGGUUCUCCCGUCAUUACGGAGCAGCCCUACAUUACUUUCACUUUGCCCAACCCGACUGUCGCUGACGCCACCAAGUACAAAUGUGAGGCCCAGUGGUUAACGAAACCCUUCCAACAACGUACUUGGACUGCCUAUGUCACUGUAGGAGUGGAUGCCCCUACUGUCAAGAUGAUUGUGGAGGAACUCGCGCUAAUAAAACAGGAAAUGCUGAAGAUGAGCGAAUUUUAUCAAAACCUCACACAAAAAUUCACAAACAAGACCAACGUUAUUAAAAAGACAGUCUCCAAGCUGCAAGAUGAAAAAGAACUAUUUACGCAGUUACUAUUUCAUGCAUCUCCUGUUUAUAACGGUCACAGAUAUUACUUCUCAAAGCGACAAUUUACCGUUGAAGUCGACGUCGCGCAGGCAUAUUGUGCAUAUCAUGGCGGUUAUUUGGCUGAGAUUGACGAUACUAAAGAGUUCCGCUUUGUUGUAGAAUUUCUCCAGAACUUUGACAGCUUUAAGUAUGUUUACGUCGGCAUUACAGACUCCGGACACGAAGGUCUCUGGGUCAAUAUGCACAGUCGGAGGGAUACGAAGUUUCUACCCUGGAGCCCAGGGGAGCCAAACGCUGGUGCCGAUCAAAAUUGCGCUUGCAUGGAUCGAGAUUUACAUUUCAAAUAUGUGGAUGGAUACUGCUACAGCCCCGAUGCUGGUGUAAUACCUAUACGUUAUCUGUGUGAGGUUGGUGAGAGUUAGUCUUUCACGCCAGUCAAUGAGACAAAGCCUACUCAACGUGUAUGAUGUUAACAGAUGUUACAAUAUCGCGAAUAAUUAAAAAACAACACAAUAAUGUUAUUUAUCUCACUUCACUGUCUCACUUCACUGUCUCACUUCACUGUCUCACUUCACUGUUUCACUUCACUGUUUCACUGCACUGUCUCACUUCACUGUCUCACUUCACUGUCUCACUACCUGCUCACUUCACUGUCUCACUUCACUGUUUCACUACCUGUCUGGCUAUCUGUCUCACUUCACUGUCUCACAACCUGUCUCACUACCUGUCUCACUUCACUGUCUCACUACCUCUCUCACUUCACUGUCUCACUACCUGUCUCACUUCACUGUUUCACUUCACUGUUUCACUUCACUAUCUCAGUACCUGUCUCACUUCACUGUCUCACUACCUGUCUCGCAUCACUGUCUCACUUCACUGUUUCACUUCACUGUUUCACUGCACUGUCUCACUUCACUGUCUCAAUUCACUGUCUCACUUCACUGUCUCACUUCACUGUCUCACUACCUGCUCACUUCACUAUCUCACUUCACUGUCUCACUUCACUGUCUCACUUCACUGUCUCACUUCACUGUCUCACUUCACUGUCUUACAACCUGUCUCACAACCUCUCUCACUUCACUGUCUCACUACCUCUCUCACUUCACUGUCUCACUUCCUGUCUCACUUCACUGUCUCACUACCUGUCUCACUUUGCUGUCUCACUUCACAGUCUCACUGUCCUAAUAUUUGAAUUAAACAUUUUCUUUGGUAGAUUCCUAUCAAUAUAACUCACCACUUUAUACUGAUAUGUUUUUUUAGUGGUAACUAUGCUGUAGACGUCUUAUCUUAUCUUAUAAACUGCAGACGUCCCUUCAAAUCCAAAGAUAAUUACGCCCAACGCGCACCCAUAUUGUUAUCCAGUCGUGCAUGUCAAUAAAGCACGUCAGGUCAAAGUCGCAGGAGUAAUCACGUGUUCAUUAUAAUGAACCAAUGAGAGAAAGAGGCCAAAAAAGUAAAGAACAUCUUAUCUUCUUCUUAUAUAAUACAGAUGUUACUUCAAAAAAAAAAAAGAUAUCAAAACAUCAGCUUCAUAGCUAAUAGAAAUAUUCAGAACAGAAUUGUUUAGGAUUCUAGAAAAGACGAUUUCAAUAGGUCUAACUUGGGGGAACUGAGUUAGUCAGGGUCCUUGAGCUGUCGUGUUCCUAGAGCUGUUGCGGGUUGAUACGUCGUAGUAAGUGUUUGAGUACUUUACAUCUUAGAAGUGAAUUAUUAGUUAAAGUCAAGUUGAAGUUAAGAAGAUAGAAAAGCAGCUCACGUGACCAGUUGUAACAGUAGAUUGAAGUGUUGUUACGUUUCUUAUGUCAGUGGUUUUGUAAGAGUAUCUGUCAACUGUCAAGUAAUGCUGGAUUGUGAAGUACUGAGUUAAUGUUUUCAAGGAAUUCAUUACAAGAAAGAAAAAAAAAGUCUACAAGUUUCUUAAGUGCAUUUCAGUUGUUUUCGAUUUCACCGGCCAGUGACUUCUCUUUGUGCCAUUAUAUAAAUACAAAGAAAAAAAUACGCAUUGUAUUGUAAACACAAUCAUAAAUAUACAUACGUCACAAAUUAGGCACUAAAUACAGUAAUCGUCACAAUAGUGUGCAUGACCUAAUUAUAUGGUGCUUGUCGCACGUAUUGAAUUAGUUGCUUAGUAAAAAAUGCUCUCUAUUUAAUAGCACCGUUUACGUCUAAUUUGAUGACGUCAUUUUCAUGGGUUUUGUUUGUGUACAGUAGGUGAUCUCCCCUUGUCGCUUCGUCAUAAAUUUUUAUGACGUAUAUUGUUUUAGCUCGUCUGGUGUAUUUCAAGCCAUGUUGCUAGACUGAAACAAGCUACAUUUUGGUCAGCUCUUGAAUUUCUCCUUCGAUCUGAUAUUGGAUAGCCUUAUCGUUGUCCUUGGUAGAUACUCUAAAAGGAUUAUCUUGACCCCUGUUUAGGGUGAGCUAUAUUUCAUAUAGUAUAGUUAAGUUUCAUUUGGACUCCAUCGUAUUCGUAUUUUGUAAUUAGACUAGAAGAUUAGAAGAAUCUGUUCUGUAUCUUUCUAUAGGGCCUCAGUCUCAGUGUCAAGUCUCGGUCUCAGUGUCAAGUUUCAGUGUCAGUGUCAAAUUUCAGUGUCAGUGUCAAGUUUCAGUGUCAGUGUCAAGUUUCAGUCUCAGUGUCAAGUUUCAGUCUCAGUGUUAAGUUUCAGUCUCAGUGUCAAGUCUCGGUCUCAGUGUUAAGUUUCAGUCUCAGUGUCAAGUUUUAGUCUCAGUGUUAAGUUUCAGUCUCAGUGUCAAGUUUCAGUCUCAGUGUCAAGUUUCAGUCUCAGUGUCAAGUCUCGGUCUCAGUGUCAAGUUUCAGUCUCAGUGUCAAGUUUCAGUCUCAGUGUCAAGUUUCAGUCUCAGUGUCAAGUCUCGGUCUCAGUGUCAAGUCUCGGUCUCAGAUUUCAGUGGUAAAAUCGCAAGUCUCAGUUUUAGGUUAUAGGACUGAGGUUUUCAUCUCAGGUUUUCUGUCUGAUGUUUCAAGUUUGAAUUAUUCUUGUUGAUUUUUAAAUACUUAAGUAUUUACUAGAAUCUUACUAUAAGUAUUGAUUUUGCAUACCAUGCUAUAUGUACUCAUAUUUCUUUAUCAUUAUUGUUGAUCAUAUAUCAUUUUUCAUUGUAGAAAUAUCAUUAGAUUAAAUUCAUAUUUUUAAUUUAAAUCAUCA